CAGGAACGCUUGCGUGCUCACUUUACCGGCGUCUGUAGCGACUCAUGAGAGUGAACCUCACACACAGCUGAACGUUUUUGCUCCAGCAGCGGUUAAAGGCGACAAACGUGUCGGUCAAUCGGGUCGAAAUGUUGACUUUAGGCGGGUUGUCGGUGGCUCUCGCGCUCGCUCUGGUUCCCGGUUCCUCUGAAGCCCUGAAGGAAGGAGAGUGUGAAGUGUGUAUGACCUUCCUCGGGAAGUUUUACCAGUCACUACAGGACAACAACAUAAACUUCAACAGCGGAGACAUCGAGAAAUUCCUCAUAAAGAGCUGCAAAGAUGCUAAAAGCAAAGAAAACCGCUUUUGUUACUACAUCGGGGCAACAAGUGACGCAGCCACCAAGAUGAUCAACGAGGUGACCAAACCUCUCAGCUACCACGUCCCAGUGGAAAAGAUCUGUGAGAAACUGAAGAAGAAGGACAGUCAGAUCUGUGAACUGAAAUACGACAAACAGCUGGACCUGACCACAGUCGACCUGAAAAAGCUUAAAGUAAAGGACCUGAAGAAGAUUCUGGAGGAGUGGGGCGAGUCCUGCAAAGGCUGCGCCGAAAAGACCGACUUCAUCCGCAAAAUCACAGAGCUCAUGCCCAAGUACGCUCCUGCGGCUGCCAAAGCACGGACAGAACUGUAAUGAGGAACAAAAACACAUUCACACAGCUUUGGACUUGACUUGGACCAGACUGCUAUCCAGUGAGGAGGAGGAGGAGGAGGAGGAGGAGGAGGAGGGGGGACCAGGAGAGGAGGAGGGGAGUUUUGUCUGACAUGUUUGUCUCAGUCUUUUGGGUUUUGGGCGGUGUUCACUCAUCUGGUAACGCUACACUGAUUCAGAAGUAUAGAUAUUGGUGUGUACACGUGAGGCCACUGAACAGUGUUUGCAACAGUCGUCAGAUUUAAGGUUGGGGAGGAAUUCAUACAACAGGAGCACUGAUUAAUGGGAACAGGUUUUCUGCUUACACAGUACGCUGGCUUAAAACGUGACUGAUCCUCCAACAGGGUCAGUACACACAAAUUGAUAGUUGUUAGUGGAAUCAAGUCAUAGAGCAGUGAGCAGCUGUGCCGGAGCAGUUGGAGGUUAAGUGGCAGCUUGAGCAUGUUUAUUAGUCACUGUACAGUUUCCACCCCUUUUUCAGCCUCUGCCGACACCACCCGACAAGAUCUUGAUGCCGAGUUAAGACUGUAUAAAAGACGUGGACGUAGCCUCUGGGUCUGUGAAGUGAAGCAGAAGUGCCUUAAACCUGCAGACACUCUAAUUGCCAGCAGGGGGCGACUCCAGUCCAAUUGUAUAGACGUCUAUGAGAAAAGGCGUCUACGUCUCACCUGUUUGUUACCUCAGUAAACAUUUUCCCAAAGA